UCUGCUGUUUCCAGCGCACUGUGAGCUCAUUUGUAACGAUCAUUUGAAUAGCGUGAAAACAUGAUUCAACGGUGAUAAUGAUGGUCAAUGGCGCGCAGUGAAUAAGCAACUUUGAUUCAAGUCCAUUUCAAUAAAUUUUCGCGUAUUUAAAUCAUAUCGUUGUUGAAUGUCUUUGUCAGCACACUUGUAACUCAAGAAUGUGAUAAAAUUGUUCAAACAAAAGCAAAAAAUGCGAGGUAAUUUUUCACAUCGACCGUUCAAUUUGAAAGUGAAUUUAUGUGUGAUUGAAGUCGGGCAUAUUUGCACCUUGUGCACGUCACUUUGGCAACUAAUUGCAUGUACUAACCAAUGAAGCGCCAGAAAUAGGCUGUUCAAAUUGUGUCGAGUCAUAAACAAAUGCACCGCUCUAUACAGCGAAUGCAUCGUCAAACGUUUGAACAUACAAUUCGAAAUGGCAUUGAGAAAAUAUUUUUACCUGCACAUUGCAUUGCACACAAGUGACAAGCCAACGGUUGAAAAGCUAUUGAAACACGAGCAAAGAAUAAUUAAUGCGUACAAAUGUCUUUGGAGUCAUCUCAACGAUUCAAAAUGAAGAGUUAGCCGGGCAAUCGUGAGGAAUUCAUUUAAACUUGUCGGAUAAAAGCAAAACUACGAAUAAAUGCGAAUCGUGAUCAGAAUCAGAAUAUCCGUUGAAGUCAAAUCGGUUUCGGUUAGAAUAAGUAAACUUAUGAAAUGUUGCUUGGUUUCGAAUAAGUCAAGGUGUUCGACUUUUUUUUCGUGUUCGCCGGUUUUGAUUGAACUUAAACUGGACUGUGGCACACGCAACUCGCUUACAGCCAUCAUGAACUGCUUGCAUAAUCUCAAUGCGGUAACAAUACCGAAACAAUGCGAUUGGUGUGUGGCUUCAGAGAUAUUCUCAUAUACUUGUUACUAUGCAUUCGUAUGCAUCAGUUUUCCGCAUUGGGUAUUGGUUCGAUUGGACCGCUUCGUUUACCGAUAUUCGAUGUGAUCUAUCAGAGAAGUAAUAAUUUCAACGAAAGCAUCCAUGAUACCAAUACAUUUUUGCAAGAGUAUGAUUUCGUUGUGAUUGGAUCGGGUUCUGGUGGUUCUGUGGUGGCGAAUCGAUUGAGUGAAAUCUCGCAUUUCAGUGUUUUGAUUCUGGAAGCCGGUGGUGAAGAGAAUUUCAUAUCGGAUGUGCCAUUGACGCCAUCCGUUACACAAUUGACGAAAUACAAUUGGGGAUACAGAACCGAUCCAGUGCAUGGGGCUUGUUUGGGAUUACGAGGCGGUGUGUGCAAUUGGCCCAAAGGUAAAGCAUUGGGUGGAACAUCUGUCAUAAAUUUUAUGCUAUAUCAACGUGGCCAUCGUCGUGAUUUUGACGGCUGGGCUGAAAAUGGAAACAUUGGCUGGAGCUACGAUGACGUUUUGCCAUACUUUAAAAAAUCCGAACGCAUUGGCAUUCCAAAACUUUACCAUUCACCGUAUCAUGGUCAAUCGGGUUAUCUAGAUGUACAACAAGCGGGUUUCCGUACAAAAGUCUUGGAAACAUUUUUAAAAUCGGCUAAAGAAUAUGGAUACACUGUAAAUGAUCCGAAUGGCGAAAGCCUAUUGGGCUUUUCACAAACACAAGCCAACACACGGAACGGUCGUCGAUGGUCUGCUGCUAAAGCCUUCCUUCGAACGGCACAACAUCGGCCCAAUCUUCACAUCUCAAAACAUUCACGAGUCGUAAAAAUUUUGAUUGAUCCAAAGACCAAAGUCGCUUAUGGCGUUGAAUUUCUGAAACAUCGUCAAAGGUAUCGCAUUUAUGCUCGCAAAGAAGUUAUUUUAUCGGCGGGACCGAUUGCAUCACCUCAACUGCUCAUGCUCAGUGGCAUUGGACCACGCGAACAUUUAGAAGAGUUGCGAAUACCAGUUAUUCAAGAUUUACGCGUCGGAUUUAAUUUACAAGAUCACAGUGUCGUCAAUGGUUUGGAUUUCAUUGUCAAUCAGCAGAUCACAAUGAGUGAAUCAUCAGUGCAACAGCCGCGAUAUAUGCUUGAUUAUUUUUUUAAGGGCAGUGGACCGUUCACAAUACCUGGUGGUGCAGAAGGCCUUGCGUUCAUUAAGACGUCAAAUUCAAGCUUUGUAUUUGACUAUCCAGAUAUCGAGAUUGUGGCUGGUGCAGGCGGAUUGAGUGGUGAUAUAUCAGGUGCUAUGCGCAACAUGGUUGGCAUAACUGAUGAAUUUUAUCAUACAGUUUACAGAGAUAUCAUUGGCAAGCCGGCUUUUGGAUUAGUGCCAGUUUUAUUGAGGCCGUUUUCAAGAGGACGAAUCAUGCUAAAAAGCCGAAAUCCAUUUCAAUGGCCACGAAUGAUGCCAAAUUUCUUCUCGGAUCAACGUGAUGUGGAAACACUGAUCAAGGGUGUGCGUGCGUGCUUGAAUAUAGCAAAUACACGAGCCUUUGCAAAAUGGAACACUCAAUUCAACACCCGACCAUUCUUGGGAUGUGAGCAUUUAGAAUUUGAUUCCGACCCAUAUUGGGAAUGCUGUAUUCGACGGCACGCAGGAAGUCUUCAACAUCAGGUUGGAACGUGUAAAAUGGGGCCAUCCUCGGAUCCAGAUGCAGUAGUUAAUCCACGUCUCCAAGUCUACGGAAUCAAUAACUUGCGAGUCGUUGACUCAUCGAUAAUGCCACAAAUCGUUGCUGGCCACACAAAUGCGGCAGCCUAUAUGAUCGGAGAGAAGGCAUCGGACAUGAUAAAAGAAGAUUGGCAGAAUAGCGUGUUUAAAUAGCGAUUAUAUGCUUGGUUCAAAACAUACAUGAGCUAGUCAAUUCGAAUUGAUUGGAAAUUCGAUGUGAAGCUUUAGUUUAGUGCAAAACUAUGCUAAUUUAUGUCAACGAACAGUGUUUUAAGGGCUACCAUGCUAGAAUAUAAACAAGUUAUUGAAUAAGUUUUACGACUGCUAGAGAAUAAAAACAAACAUUGUGCUUAUAUUAAAUGAAUUUAGGUUUAUAGUCAAUUUGUCUGUUAGUCAAAUUCGCUCCACUGAUCGUGGAAAUUCGGUGAAAAUCACCGAUCGUGGAAAUUAUUGAUUUGUGUAUCAUAUUGAUUGUGAUUAUCAUUCCAUUGAAAAAUGACGGUAUUAAUGUGAGGUGUUCCGCUCAAUUUAACCGUUUAAGUUGAUAAGCCAACAGCUUGAGGUCAUCAACGUAUCAUUUUAGUAGGAAAAUUGUAUAUUUCACAUCGUCAAAAAAAGAAAAUGUAAAUGCAGUUCACCAAGGUUAAUACUAGCUAUUACACAUCGAAAAUACGCAUUUUUUGCAUUUACACGAAUGUUACAAAAGAUUUGGCGCUGGCACGUUGUUCAACAGAACCAUAACCAAAUCUAUUCUUACAAAAUCAGCAUUGUGCAAAAGAAUUUAAUAAAACUCGACCACAUUUCAUCGAUAGAAA